AUGAAGCAACACAUCGCUACAGCCGUAACUGGUGUGGUGCCAAGACCAGGCCGAAGCAUUGAGCCUGUCAGAGCGCGUGUAGUGCCAGACUGUGUCGGCUCUGGACCUGGUUGCGGUAAUUUUGUCCCGCGCUAUCGACCGCAGGUCUAA